AUGACGACGCUCCCAACCGGCGGUGGGCCCGACGGCAAAUUCCCCGUCUUCGUGAAGAAGGGUCAAGCGGUCGCCUACUGCGUCUACGUGAUGCACCGACGGAAAGACAUCUACGGCGAGGACGCCGAGAAAUUCAGGACGGAGAGAUGGGAAGGCGACGAGUUGAAGAACAUCCACAACUACGCCUAUCUGCCCUUCAAUGGCGGACCUCGAGUUUGCCUUGGACAGGAAUUCGCGCUGCUGGAAGCUUCGUACACUAUUGUGCGUCUGAUGCAGCUAUUCCCGAAGAUCGAGGUCCCAAGCACUGAACCUGAUACCGAGAUAGGACACGAGAGGCAGAACUUGACGCUGGUGGUCAUGGCCACACUGAGCUCCGGUGAAGCCGAUGCGGAUGCUGACAAUGAGUAUGGCGAAACGCCGUUUGUUGUGGCGACCAGAAAGCAUCACCGCGACACGAAGAUUGUGCUGCUAGUCGAAAUAGCGGAGGCAAAAGGCCCGGGACGCCAGCGCAUGUAG